AUGGGAAGCAAGUCUGUUAUCAGAAGUCUGUUUUCUCGAAAGCCAGACAAGUCUGGAAGGAUAGUGGGGGAAGACAAGAAGUCAGCAUCUGCCACUAUCCUUGAAGGAACACCCGCAAAGGCGACUACAGCAAGUUCAUCGCCUUCAGAAUCCGACAGUGCUAUCAGUGUAUCUCACAAUCUUGUUAAAUCUCCAUCUCCUCUGGCAGAUUACCAAGAUGAGACCGGAGCCCAUUCGCUCUCUGGUAUUGGAGACAUUCGGGCUCAUCUUUGGACUCGGGCAUUUGAAUUGUUUCGUAAGAGGGAUCACGAUGCCGCCAUGAAAGAGUACAUUGGAUGUCUAGGCUCUUUACAGGAUGAUAGCAUUCUUGGUGUCGAUCUCUCGAACCGACAGUCAAUUGAGGCUAUUGUCAAGAAGCUACUAGCCGAUCGUGAACAGCGACAGUGGAAGCUUACUAUUUAUGAUCAUGAUAUCAAGAUCAAAUCACAGGUUGAGAAAUUGCUGAAAUUUCUUGCUUGGUCUGAUCCGAUCGUAAAGAGCGCGGUAAGCACUCAACCAUAUGCAGCACUUGCAUGGUCCGGGGUGUCCUUGAUUGUUCCACUCAUUCAAAGUGGCUUCACACAAAAUGCGGAAAUGCUGGAGGGAUUUAACGAUAUUGGAGAGCGCCAGAUGUAUUGGAAGCUGUGCGAAGAUACCUAUCUUGAACCCGAAUGCCGACAGUAUUUCGACUCACUCAUCGAGCCCUUGGCCAAGCUCUACUCUUACAUCAUCGAAUAUCAGGCUCGAGUUAUCUACCAUUUGAGUAGUGACCAGCGCUCCCGCACGUGGCAGGAUUUGAAAAAGUCUCACGCUUGGUCCGACAUGAGUUGCAACAUUGACGAGUUAGAUAGAAAAUGCCGCAACAGUUGGUUGAGCUUUGGAAAAGACUUGCAGAUUCAAAGCACAUUGGACAGCACACUACAAGAAAUCCAGGUUUUUCGCAUGGAACAAGCUGCAUUCAGACAAGAAGAUAAGAGAUCUCGCCUUUUUCAAGAUCUGGCUCAUGUGGCCGGUAAUUACGAGUGGUAUAAGCAUAUUAACUCACUGAGAGUUCCUGGAACCUGCGAGUGGUUUCUACAAGAUGAAAGAUUCAGCCGCUGGCGUGACAGUGCGUCGGACCUUCUUUGGGUCUCGGCAGGCCCUGGACGCGGAAAGUCAGUCUUGUCACGCUCGUUGAUAGACGAAGGCCAUUUGAAUUCUCCCACCAUUACCAUUACAAUCACAUCAUUGACUGUCACUCGUAGCUUCCCAGUUGUCGCUUAUUUCUUUUUCAAAGAAGGAGCACCUGGAAAUAUGGAUAGUUGCCAGGCACUAUGUGCAAUUCUUCACCAACUACUUACAUCUUCAUCCAACUCAAAAGAGACGGAGAGGGCUCUGGAGCUCUACGAGGCAAAUGGCCCGACUCUUACAACGAAAUUUUCUGACCUAUGGGCAAUAUUGGUAGACUUUGCCUCAGUGUCCGAACGAGAGAUCAUCUGUGUCAUAGAUGCUCUAGACGAAUGUACGAGGGACAGUAGAGUCGAGUUGAUUGAAAAAAUUGAAGGUCUUUAUCGCUCAGACCAGACGCUAUCUGGCUCAAAGCUUAGGUUCCUCGUCACAAGUCGACCUUAUCAUGACCUGGAACAUUCCUUCCGUGACCUGGAGAAUUUGUUUAAUACUCUAACCACGGCAACCUAUCUGCGCCUCGACGGUGAUGAGAAGUCUGAGCAGAUCGGAAGAGAAAUAGAUCUUGUCAUUGAUGCCAGGAUCCAGGAACUGACACAUGGUUUCACUGAGAACAGCCGUCGGGAAAUUUCGGCCAAACUCAAAAGCAUGGAGAACCGCACCUACCUGUGGCUGCAUUUGACGUUUUCUAUCAUCAAGGAUGAUCCUACUGGGUUCAGUAGACCGUCGGACAUGAAAAGACGCCUGUCUGAUUUACCUACCCAAGUUUCUGAGGCCUACGACACCUUGUUGAGUCAAAGUAAAGAUCGAUUAAGAACGAGAAUGCUUCUUGAACUUGUCCUUGCUGCUAAAAAGCCUCUAACUUUGGAUGAGGCAAAUGUUGCAUUGGCAUUGGCCAUUCAGGAACAUCCCCCAGGAUCACACGCAGAGCUCGUCGACGACAAGUGGCCAACCAAAGAGUUUAAAACCAUAGUUACAAACAUUUGCGGCCUCUUGCUCAGUGUGCAUGACUCGAAGCUUUAUUUCAUACACCAAACGGCGAGAGAGUUCCUGACCUCCAAAGAAAAAGGUAAUGAAACGAGUUGGAAGGGCAAAUUUAGCCUGCCGCAGUCUCACGGCACUAUGUCGCGAACAUGUGUUCAAUAUUUGUUGCUUCCCGACAUCGAAUUGCCAACAGAUGAUAGCUCUCCCCUAAACCCUCAGACUCCCGACAAUGAUUGGCCUUUUACUUUCCUCCACUACUCUGCUUUAUACUGGACUGAGCACUUCAGAAAUCAAGAUGCUCUCCUUGCCGAUCAGUUUGAGAAUGAAGCACUCCAGCUCUGUAAUGUCAAAGGACGGGCUGCAAAAAUUUGGCUUUCAUUCCACUCCGCUCACUGGCAAGUCGAUGACACUGAUACGGGUCUUGAACUAGCAUGUUUUUUUGGUAUUUUGCAGGUCGUUAAACGACUUGUUGAUUUGGUUGAUGUGAACGCCCGGGGCCCUGCCAAUUUCACAGCCCUCCAUGCAGCCUCAAUGACAAAAAGCCAACAGAUUGUUGCAAUAUUACUUGAGAAAGGAGUAGAUGUCAACAUAUCUGCUGAUUUUUAUGGGACCGCUCUCCAAAUAGCGUCAGGAAAAGGCAAACAACAGGUUGUCACGAUGCUACUCGAAAAAGGAGCAGAUGUCCACAUACAAGGUGGUACCUAUGGCAAUGCUCUUCAGGCAGCAUCGGCUGCCGGUAACCACCAAAUUGUUGAAAUGUUACUCAAAAAAGAACCAGACGUCAACAUGCAAGGUGGUCAUUUCGGGACCGCUCUUCAGGCAGCAUCGGCUGUUGGCAAUCGGAAAAUAGUUGAAAUGCUACUCAAAAAAGAAGCAGACGUCAACAUGCAAGGUGGUCAUUUUGGGACCGCUCUUCAGGCAGCAUCUUACUGGGGCCACCAACAAAUUGUUGAAUUGCUACUCGAAAAAGGGGCAGAUAUCAACGUACAGAGUGGUGAACAUGGCACUGCUCUCCAGCUGGCAUCAACUUCUGGUGACCAACAGAUUGUUGAAAGGCUACUCGAAAAAGGAGCAGAUGUCAACAUUCAAGGUGGUCACUAUGGCACUGCUCUCCAGGCAGCAUCGGCUGCUGACAAUCAGCAAAUAGUCAAAAUGCUACUCGAAAAAGGGGCAGAUGUCAACAUACAAGGCGGUGUCUAUAGCACUGCUCUUCAGGCAGCAUCAGCUGCUGGCAAUCAGCAAAUAGUUGAAAUGCUACUCGAAAAGGGAGCAGAUGUGAAUAUACCAAACGGCGAGUAUGGGUCUGCUCUCAAAGCAGCAUAUGAUAAAGAUCAUCGCCAGAUCGUGGAAAUACUAAAGAAAGCCGGCGCAGAAUAA